AUGGCAGCAACUCAGAAGCUGUACCCUCGGGGCACCGUCAAGCGCAUCGUAAAAGCACACUCCAACCGGACCGUGAGCAAGAAUGCCGAUAUCCUGAUUUUUCUCGACUAUAUGCUAUUUAUGCAAGAGUAUGGCCUUACCUUUCUUCCUCCGAAUCGUUUCAGUCCGAUUGCAGUGCCUCGACUUCACGAUACGCGACUACAACUACAACCCACCCCCGUUGCUACGAAGAUGCUAAUUCCCGACUUUAUCAGGUUAAUGCGCGAAGCUUCGAUCCGAUCGCGAAAGUCUGGCGAAAAGAAUAUCUCUGCGAAUGCGGUUCGGAAGGUCACUGAGAAAACACUACGCAAAUUCCAGGGAUAA